GUAGAUUAGAUUACUAUCUUAUCUAUCUAUUCUCCCACUCUCCCUCCCACUCCCCAGCACAACAGUCACUACUAGCAGACCUUAUUGACCUUAAAAUUAAAGGUCCAUAAUCCACCAAGUUCAAAAAUAGACUCAUGACUGUCUCUAACCUUAACCGCUUUUAGGGGUCUAAAUUGUCAACUGGGUCGUUGAUUCUGGUAUUGUGCUCAGUCACAUAUUCAUAUGCUAAAUUCUACAAUAAACGUUCAAAUUCCACACCAUAAUUUUUUUUCACCACUAUUAUCCGGACGCCUAAUCUGGUUCGGUGGUCAGUUCCAGUAUCAAGUGGUUUCAACCUCUUCCGCUCGUAGUUGCGGGAGAUGGAACCGUAGUUCUCAAUACUAAGUCCCGUGUUAAUCACCGCUGAACCAACUAACGAUUUGUUCCAAACCAUAAAACCUUUGCUGCUUAGUUAUUGAUCACAGAUUUUAUUAAGUUUAUGAUCUUUUAACUGGCCCAUUUCAUUAAAUUCUUCAAAAUCCUUCUUUUUAUUAUUAUUAACAGUAAUUAAAAUUAAAAACACAUACUUACCUCAACUCCAAAAAAAAUCGACAAGACACCAUUUUAUCCUUAAUAUUUGGUCCUGACUCUUGAGUUGUAACUAUCAACUUUAUUUCUUCCCUUUUCAAUAUUUUGUUUCUGUUACUAUUACAGAUAAUAAUAACAACUUAAUUUUAACUCCUAAUGGUGCCAAAUAACUCUAUAUCAUAUAAAACAAUUAUUAUACAAUCCUUAUUUCUAGAUCUGUGUUUAAGGUAAUUGCCUUUUCGUUUUCAAUCUUCACCAAAAAAACUUGCUUUGUCACAAGAAAUUUCAAAAGUUGUCAUAUGAAGCUUGUGAUUUUUCAUCUGCUAAACCAAUUAUGUCACAUCAAAGUUGGUUUUCUUAAAGUCUUAUAAAUCAGUUUUGUGUGUUCAUUACUUACAAUUUUCUAAGAGGGAAAAAAUAGAAGAGAUAGUUUAUUGGAGAUGAAUCAUUCUGGAGCUGAAAGUGAUCAUAAAAAUACUUCAGUUGGAAUUACAAAGGAUAAGAAUGGAAUAGAACAAGUCAUUCUUCGAAACGUUCGAGGAGCUUCAGCAACGGUUAGCUUGCACGGCGGGCAAGUUCUUUCAUGGAAAACCGAACGUGGUGAAGAGUUACUAUUCACUAGUACCAAGGCAAUCUUUACUCCUCCCAAACCAGUGCGAGGAGGAAUUCCAAUCUGUUUUCCACAGUUUGGAAACCGUGGAACCCUGGAGCAACAUGGAUUUGCAAGGAAUAAGAUAUGGGUUAUUGAUCAAAAUCCUCCUCCUCUUUCCACUGAUUCCAAUGGAAAAGCUUGCAUUGACUUGCUGCUCAAACCAUCUGAAGAUGAUAUGAAGAUAUGGCCACAUAGCUUCGAGUUUCGCCUAAGGGUCCGUUUGGCAGCAGAUGGCCAUCUGAUUUUGAUAUCUCGCAUCAGGAAUGUCAAUGGCAAGCCUUUCAGUUUCUCCUUUGCAUUUCAUACAUAUUUCUCCAUCUCUGAUAUUAGUGAAGUGAGGGUAGAAGGAUUGGAAACUCUUGACUACCUCGAUAACUUAUACCAGAAGGAACGCUUCACAGAACAAGGAGACUCUUUAACAUUUGAAUCUGAGGUGGAUCGAGUUUAUCUUGAUUCUUCCAACAUGGUAGCUGUUCUAGAUCAUGAAAAGAAGCGAACAUUUGUGAUACGAAAGGAAGGUCUUCCUGAUGUUGUUGUUUGGAAUCCAUGGGAGAAAAAAUCAAAGUCAAUAGUGGAUUUUGGGGAUGAAGAGUACAAGCAAAUGCUCUGCGUGGAUGGCGCAGCAGUUGGAAAACCGAUAACCUUAAAACCGGGAGAAGAAUGGACAGGCCGGUUGGAGCUAUCUGUUGUUCCCUCUACAUGACUUCCAUGUGCAGUUUGAAAGAAAAUACUAACAAAAGUAAACAAGCAAGCAUUGCUUAUUGUUUUAGCAAAUCUUGCAGCCUAAAAAUCAUGAGCAAUAUCAAUAAGAAAAGAUGCAUGUGUUGUUUUUCAAGAUCAAGCAUUUUUCCAGUAUAUAUACAUAUAAGUGAUUCACAUAAGGUCGAUGCAGUAUGAAUAUGAAGAUUUUUCUUCUUCUUUAUGUAUGCUUUGCAUUUAAUGUAAUUAAAAUUCAAGUCAUGUACAUGAAAUUGUUGCAGUUAACUCUAAAAAAAGAGAAUCUUACAAAUA